UCAAAACAUGUGUGCACCAGUGUAGGAGAAAAAUGUUCUCACCAUCUAAAAACGGUUCUGCUAUUAGAAAAUGCAUUUGUAAUGCCAGAUAUUUAAGCAAAAGAUACAAUUUCUUAAGCAAAUUAAGGCAAUCUCACAGGUGUAAUGUGCAAGCUAGGCACUGUGCCUCAGUGUCUGCAUUACAGAGGGUUGAGUCAUACAAGCCUGGAGAAUGUAUACAUGGCUUUACUGUUGAAAAAAUUGUUAAUGUUCCUGAACUUUAUUUAUCAGCUGUGAAAUUAUCCCAUGAUGCAACAGGUGCCCAGUAUCUACAUGUGGCUCGAGAAGAUUCUAAUAAUGUCUUCAGUGUUGCUUUUCGUACCACACCGAUGGACAGUACUGGUGUGUCGCACAUCUUGGAGCAUUCAGCACUAUGUGGGUCUCAGAAAUACCCAUGCAGAGAUCCAUUUUUCAAAAUGUUGAAUCGUUCCUUAUCCACUUUUAUGAAUGCUUUCACAGGCAGCGACUACACAGUGUACCCAUUUUCAACACAGAAUUCAACAGAUUUCUCUAAUUUAAUGUCAGUCUAUCUUGAUGCAACUUUCUUUCCGAAAUUACAAGAACAAGAUUUCCGGCAGGAGGGAUGGAGGCUGGAAAAUGAGGACAACCAAGAUCCAACCUCACCAAUCAUUUUCAAAGGUGUUGUCUAUAAUGAAAUGAAAGGAGCCAUGGCUAGCGCUGAUUCCUUGUUUGCAACACAUUGUCAGAACAAAUUGUUCCCGAGCCAUACAUAUUCUCACAACAGUGGUGGUGACCCCAGCUGUAUACCUGACCUCACCUGGCAGCAGCUCAAACAGUUUCAUGCAUCUCAUUAUCACCCUAGCAAUGCAAGGUUUUAUACAUAUGGGAAUCGUCCAUUGGAGGAAAGCCUACAACAGAUUGAUACACAAGUAUUAAGGAGGUUUGGAAAGAUCCAGCCGGAUACAGUGGUUCCGGAUGAAGCAAGAUGGACUGAACCGAGAGAAGCAGAGGUUUACUGUACUCUUGACCCCAUGGCAGCUGAUCCAACGAAACAAACGACAGUUAAUGUUAGUUAUCUCUUAGGCAGAAUUACAGAUCCGUUUGAGUCAUUUACUGCCAGUGUUUUAGGAACCCUACUGGUAUCUGGUCCAACGUCUCCUUUUUAUAAAGCCUUGCUAGAAGCAAAUAUUGGCUCUGACUAUUCACCUGUGGUGGGGUAUGAUAAUUCAACGAAGGAAGCAUCAUUUUCAGUCGGGUUACAGGGGAUUGCAACCGAAGAUGUGGAGAAGGUGAAAGACAUUAUUCAGCAAACUUUUCAAAAGGUUGCAGUAGAGGGUUUUGAUGAUAAGAGAAUUGAGGCUAUACUCCACAAGAUAGAAUUAUCGCAGAAACACCAGACAACCAACUUUGGACUAGGCCUGCUGAUGGCCCUAUUAUCUUGUUGGAACCAUGAGGCGGACCCUACAGAUCACCUAAAAAUAAAUGACAUGGUGACUUCCUUUAAACAUUGCCUAGAGAACAAUCCAAAAUGGUUGGAGGAAAAAGUAGAAGAAUAUUUCUUAAAGAAUCAGCAUCGUCUGACGCUUGUCAUGAAACCAAAGGAAAAUUUCCAGCAGGAAUUAGAUGACCAAGAAGCACAGAAAAUUGUUUGCUUAACAGAAAAUUUGUCAACUAAUGAUAGACAGACAAUUUUUGAAGAUGGUUUGAAGUUAGCAGAGGAGCAAAGCAAAGAGGAUGACCCAUCCUGUUUACCAACCUUAGCCAUCUCUGAUAUUGAUCGAGACAUCAUCAGGACUGUGGUUGAUUUGCAGACCCUCAACAAUGUGUCUGUCCAACAUUGCAUCCAGCCAACCAACGGUGUUGUUUAUUUCAGAGCUGUUGCCUCCUUGCAUACACUACCUGAUGAACUUUUGACCUAUGUACCUCUUUUCUCCUCGGUUAUCACACAAAUGGGAGCCGGGGAUAUGAGCUUCCACGAGUUCUCACAGCAGGAAGAUCUCAAAACAGGUGGACUUGGAGUUAAGACCUACCUAUGCCAGCACCCAGAAUCAAUACACAAACUAGAAAAGGGAAUAACAUUGUCCUCUUAUUGUUUGGAUAAUAACACAGAAGAAAUGUUCAGAUUAUGGCAAGAAAUAUUCUUAAGACCUAAACUUGAUGAUGUUGACCGCUUCACCACUCUGGUACGAAUGAAUGCCUCUGACCUGGCCAUGUCGUUGUCCAACAUGGGUCACAGCUUUGCAAUGUCUGCAGCGCAAAGCAACAUAACACCUGUUGGCCAUUUCAGUGAAAUUAUGUCUGGAAUGAUGCAGGUUAAAUUUUUGAAAUCUGUUGCCGAGAUGCAAGACAUGAGUCCAGUAUUACAGAAGCUGCAGCAAGUUUCUAGGCAUGUCUUGUCUACAGAAAAUAUGAGAUGUGCUCUAAAUGCAAGUCCAUUGUUCAUGGACACAGCAUCCCUACACUUGGAGCGAUACCUAUCACAGUUACCUGGAGAGGGCGCUGCUCACACCGCAUGUAUGCAGGAUAUUCAAUUUAAUCCCACUAUGCAAAAACUACAUUAUGAGUUGCCCUUCCCUGUUAACUAUGUCAGUCGAGCUAUAGAGGGCGUGCCAUACACACACGAAGACUUUGCUUCCCUGCGUAUACUUGCAAGGCUUAUGUCAUCAAAGUUUCUACAUCGUGAAAUAAGGGAGAAAGGAGGUGCAUACGGAGGUGGCGCUUCGAUGGGUACGAGUGGGGCAUUUACAUUUUAUUCCUACAGAGAUCCAAAUUCUGAGAAAACAAUCAAGGCAUUCAGUGAUUCCAUCCAAUGGGCAGUUGAUGCAAACUACUCACAACAAGACAUCGAUGAAGCAAAAUUAUCAGUCUUUUCAGCAGUGGAUAGCCCAACAGCACCCUCCAGUAAAGGGAUGCGGCUAUUCAGCAGUCAUAUUAGCGAUGAAAUUUAUCAACGACAUCGCCAGCAACUCUUGGCAGUAACUCAAGAUGACAUGGUAAAAGUAGCCAAAAAAUAUCUACUAAAGGGAGACAAGAUGGAUGGAACAGCUUUACUAGGACCAGCAAAUGAAUUUACAAAGGGAGAUGAACAAUGGACAAUAAAGAAAGAAGAAUAAUUUACAAUUACAAAUAUUAUAAAGAAAUACAUAGGGUUUUGGCUAUAAUAUGAUGAGUAAGGAGGGGUUGAAAUUGGAGAUCUGGGCUCAAAAGUUGGAGCACCAUCUCUCUUUCCUUGGCAUUUGGACAGACUGCAAUGUUGUGGGUGGUUCGCCACACUUUUCGCAAACGAAGUCUACCUUCCCACCACAUGUCGUUACUCAUGUAUACUCUUUUAGCAGACUGAAAUAAUAUAAUUUUCUUCCAAAAUAAUAUCAAAGGUUUCUUGUGAUUUAUUUCUGAAUAGCAAAGUAUUUGGCCAGAAAUGCAAUGCUGUGAAAUAAUACAAUUUAGUUCCAAAUUUAGUUCCAGACGAAUAUCAAAAGUUUCAAUCUCAUUUAUUUCUGGAUAACAUUAAUCACGUUUAAUCAAUAAUAAAUAGGUUGCCAGUAAAUGACAAGAUAUUUCUUUAAAUAAAUUUUGCGUUGUUGAGAUUGGAUUGGCGUUCCAUAUAGAUUGCUCUAAUCAACUUCUAGAGAAUGAAGAUGAUUAGAACGAUCUAUUCAAAAUAUCAUAACAUUUACAACAACGCAUCAGUCUUUUUCAGGUGGUGUACCACAAACCUAUUUAUUAUUAUUGCUUCACCAACCAAAACUUUCAAAUAAUAAUUAUUACAGUGAUCAUGUGUUUACACAGUCGUUAUGGUUGUUAAUAAAAGUUCCAAAAUAUCUAAAACCAU